CUCUGAUAUUGUUGUAGCACUGCUGCACGACAGAACACUUUUCACGAUUCUCCACUCUGCAUCUAGGUACAAACACCCGACUAGAGAGCCGCUACAGUAAAGUCCUUUCCCGCAAAGUGGAAAAUGGAGCGGUGCCCGUUACCUCUAGCAUAGCGUACCGGUAUUUAUCGGGUCCAGUCGUACCUACAUACCUACCUGCCCUGUAGGUACACUACGUAGAACUACAUACACUACCUAGCCGCGGGAGUGUGGCUCCUCCAUCGGCCCAUCCCGUCGGUUCGUCGUCGGGUCACUUUCAUCAUCGCUUUUCCGUCGCUCUCGGCUCUGGCUUGGUACUAAAGUAGAGGUACCUUUUUUCCCAAGUUUACAAAUCCUGCCGGCCCCGCGUCAACCAUCUUUGCUCUUCCUUCCCCAACUUUCCUACCUUACCUACCACAGCCUACAAGCACCUCUGUACUAAAACUUCAGACUACCAUCAUCGCACCACGGCAAUUGGGAAAAGAGGAUUUGACAGCUUUCUGUGGCCGUGCUCCGUUCCAAUGUCAAAACCUCUUUACCAGCGAUCGUGAGCUGCGCUUCUCACAGAUAAAUUACAUACACGAUUCGUCCCGACAACGUCCACGAUUACAACAUCGCCACCUCCAGUGACUUCAUUCCAGACUCCCCACGUUUAGGCAAGCCACCGCUAUUUACCAAUUCUAUCUGGAGUCGGCCAUCCGCCCGAGCCUACCUAGCUUCGAACCGUGCUUUCUAUACACAUCCAGCCCUAGGAACCAGUCAUCCGAAACUCGAGUGCUUCAUAGUCCCAUUGCUGGACAAGUCGAUACGUACCGAAAUCUUCCAUACGGCACUAGCAACGAUCCUCACCCUCUUCCUCGGUCAAAAUGGUUCUCACGCACACUACCAACCAUACUUAUAGCCAUCCUUUCCCGACCGUCACGCUCGCCUUCUUCCUCCGGUACUGCUCCCCGCAGCUCAAUCCCUUUUCUCAGCAUGUCAUGAGCACCGACACCCUUUCAUCACAUGUCGACCCGGCCACCGGCCGUCUGCACACGACUCGCAUCCACCUCAAAAAGUCGCGUAUGCCGCCUGCUAUCAUGAAGAUGCUCCCCACUAGCAUUACGGGUGGUGCCACGACCGAGAAGGCGUCCUAUAUCAUGGAGACCAGCGUUGUGGAUAUGAAGGAGGGCUGGAUGUCGACCGAGAGCCGGAACCUGAACUUUGCCGGCGUUCUGUCGGUGGUGGAGAAGCAGAUCUAUACGAUCCCAACGAGCACUAAUGAGAUUGGAAAUACGACCGACGUUGCCACGACGGUGGUCUUUCGAUCUCGCUUUGGGGAGCGCAUUCGCGACAAGUUGGGACACUUGCACGCGCAUGAAGUUGAACAAGAGAAGGGCGGCUUCUUUUCCCGGCUUGGCGCCCAUGGUAUUCAACGAAGCAUCGAGAGCCUGGCGUCGAAGAAGACCCAAGACCAACUUGGCAAGAGCCGAGAGGGAAUGAAGCUGAUUCUCGAGCGACUUCGCCAGUCGGGCAUCAUGGGCGUCCUGGAGCUCAGAAAGAUGGCACGGGAACGCAACAUGGAGAAGGCUUGAACGAAUUACCGAGCUAGGGCUAUAAUGACCAUCUAGGCCUUCGGUCGUGCUCUGGGGCCUUUCCCCAAGCUUAUGAUUUGUUUACUUGCCCUUGCCACCGUCUUUGUCCACCAUUGGGCAUCAUCAAGACGUAUCCGACCCUGUCCUCUGCUCAAUCUGGGCAAAAAAGUCUCGGUGGAAGUACGCGGACGAAAGACGCAUCUUUUCCACGGCACCGCAAGACGAGUUAGGCCACAAUCUCUGUGAGCUGUCUUUCUUGGUGUCGUGCUGUACACUACAACAUUGUCGUUGAUUUUAGCAUGGCGUUGGUGUAAGGUUCUGUGUUGUCACUGGGUCGCAUACGAUGAGGGAAGUCAUCCUCACGACACGCUCACACGCGAGCAUAUACCCGCGUACCCAUUCUUGAAGUUUGUGAAGGAGGGGGCCGGCAACUACGGCGUCAGCCAACUGAAUGAGGGGACUGCGUGUACCCUAUGUGUUAUUUUAUUCCACUCUCUUUGUGUUGGUAUUGGUUAUGAAAAAGAAACGGUUUUAGCAAUGAAUGUCUCACUGAUGUGUAUUGUGUAUGUAUAUCGUAUAGGUCUUAACGGAAGGCUCAGAACUGAUCGUGCGAAAGGAAAUCGAAUAGGAGACAUGAUGAAGACGUUGAAGACGUUACAACACGAGCGUGAUGCAUUACUGUUCAGCAUUUCUUGUCAAUCUUGUUUUCUGGCAAAGUUCC